UAGGAGUUUGAAAGUGGCGGGAGGGGCGGCCGUUAGCAGGACAUUCAAGUCAGUGGAGGUAACAUGGCUGCCGCGGGGCGCUGGGCUGGCGUACGAUCCCAGCUUUGAAGACUGAAAGCGCGUCGGCCCGGGUUAAAUACACACUUUCAAGAACUGCCCAGGGAACCGGCAAGCAACUUUACAAGACCGAGAAAAUGAUGAGCAGCAUGAGGAAGAGGUGUUUUCUACUGAGCACUGUUGGCCUCCCUCAGGAUGGGGACAGCGAAGGGGACAGUGGCUUUGUGACCCCAGACAGCACCACCAAGGAGAAGGUGUCCCGCUUUGUAGAGGGAGAGGACGUGCUUUCUCAUGGCAAAGAUGGACUCUUCUAUCUUGGGGUUAUAGUAGUGGUGGACAGUGAGAAUGAGAGAUGCUUGGUGCAGUUUGAAGACAGCACGGCGCACUGGUCCCUGUACAAAGACCUAACCAAGCUGAAGCUGCCCGAGUCUGAUGACCUGUGUGUUAUCUGCAAGUCUUCCAAAAGCUGGGAAACCAACGAGAUUGUACUAUGUCACAUCUGUGAGCAAGGCUACCACCAGGACUGUCUCCAGGUGAGCAGCCUCCCAGGUGACACAGCCACAGGUGCAAUGAGACAGCCAAGGAUAGGCCAGGAGUUCUGUGAGCCGGACAGCCAGUGGGAGUGUCCUCAGUGUGCUGGACACUCCGCCAUGGAGAAAGAGGAACGCAAGAAGUCACGGGAGAAUUCUCCGAGGAAACAAAGGCCACGUCCUCAGCCACAGAACCAGACGGAAGAGAACAAUAAGCUAGUCCUGCCUUAUGAGAUCAAUUCCUUAACCUGGGACCAAGGGCACAAGAGCAACAGGGAACAGACGUACUGCUACUGUGGGGGGCCAGGCGAGUGGUACAACCGCAUGCUGCAGUGCCAGAGGUGCAAGCAAUGGUUCCAUGAGGCCUGUGUGGACUGCCUGCACCAUCCACUCCUCUACGGCGACCGGUUUUAUGUGUUUGUGUGUGCGCUGUGCAAUGAGGGGACAGAGUUCCUGCACAGACUGGAUGUGAAGUGGGUGGACGUGGUGCAUCUGUCCAUCUUCAACUUGACCCUGCAGGACUCCAAGACUUACUUUGAGUACGAGGACACCAUCACCCAGUGGAUCAAUGACAACUGGGACCAGAUGCAGGCGCCGCUCGGGCUGCAAAAAGUAGGAGUCAGUGAACGGAAACAUGAGGUCCUGAGAGUCCUGGAGGGGAACAGACCAAGGUUUAAGUGUGGCCGAGAGAUCAAGAAGAAGACCAGCAUAUGGGGCCUAAGGGUGCGAGUGCCUCCACCAGUGCCGGCCAUCACACUGCCCUACGUUGGCCCCAUUACAGAGGACUCCAUCAAGCACAUUACCUUACGUAACAAGAAGACACGUAAUGCAGACAGCCCUCCAAUACCUAGGAGUUACAAGCUGCGAGAGGACAAACAGGAGGAGAUGGAGGAGGCAAUGGCACGUUUCAGUCCUGCCAAGAAGCGCGCCGUGUCCCCAUCACCUCUGGAACAGGACGAGGAGAGUCCUGGAAGCUCUGGAAAGAGGAAGAGGAAACGAGAAUUGGAUAUCCUCAUGGAAGACAAGAAAGCCAAGAAGAUGAUUGAGGAGGUGGGCUCAGUCAAGGCCAACAGCACCACAGACUCCCAGGCGCCGGUCAAGAGAAAAAGAGGCCGGCCACCCAAAAACCAACCUAGCCUCAUCUCAGAAGACCUGCGUGACCUCAAGCAGAAGCGAGCGCAGAAACUCCUGAAGGAGGCGCUCAAACAGGGGAACAACAUGCAUUCCGUCAGCAAGUCCGGGCUGGACGUUACCACCCCGACCUGCCUUACCCCCGGGGACACCAGCGGGGACGAGACCUCCUCCCAUGGCACGCUGGACUCCUUCAUUCCGCCGCCCUCCAACUUUGAGGGGCAGAACAACCCAUUCCUCAACCUGGACUCCCUCAGCUAUGGCAUGCCGGUGGUGCGUCCUCUCAAACGGAAGCUGAACGAGAGUGACAUCCGCAUUGGCAAGAACGGCGAGGUGAAGCGGCGAAAAGUGAGGAAGAAGGGUGAGAAGGGCAAGCUGGUGUCCCUGCUGCACCACCACCACCACCACGCCUCAGCUGGCCUCAACGGUGCCAAUGGCAUCCGGCUGAACGGCGCGCACAGCAUCAAGAACUGUGUGGACUAUGCCCUGAGUGGCCGCCUCAGCACCGCUGCCAAGGACGCCUGCAGCGAGACUGGCGAGGAGCCCAAGGUGGCUGAGUCCGGCUUCUCCCUCAGUGACCUCAAGUCCACAGUGAACAACUACUUUGGGGCAGCCAACCGCAUUGCCAGCGGGGAGAAAUUCCACGUGAUAGCGCGGCGGAUCAGCUUCGAAGAGAAAGUUCAGUACCUCAUAGAGUGGGACUGUCCAAGUUCCUCAUAAUGCAAGUUCCUGCAGACCUCAAGAUGGACUGCUGUGCUUGUUGCAGUGCUUGAGGCUUUGCUAUGUCCCCUAACCCCCUCAGAACCCCAUCAAACCCCCAUCAAAACCCCCAUCACCCCCUCAAGUCAGUGCUGAGUCAGGAAGGUGGGUCCCUCAGUCGCUCAGUCACUACAGUCACUCAGUCAGUCAGCCUUGAAAAGUGAUUAGUGUGUUUUAAGGCAUCAACCAACCCCCCCCCACAGCCCUACACCCCCACACCCAUCAGCCACAUUAAGACUGUGUUCAUUGCACACUGCCAGAGUGAGUGACUUGAAUGCUGCCAAGUUUGUGUCCACGACCACGGCCUCAACUUAAGUUUGUGAUAUGGUUGCUUAGGGAGAGACGGCCAGGAAAAUAAAUCCGUGGGGAACACCAUCAUAGAACACAGACUCACUAUACAAAAAAAAAAAAAAAAAAAUGCAAGAACAACUCCAUAAAAAUGUGAAUUCAACCCGGACAGGAGAGAGAAGCACUCCGAAAGAUGGAUAGAUGGAUGGAUCGGCCCAAAGCAACCACAUAAAACAAGUUAUUAUGCUAUCGUUUAGUCAUGUAUAUAAGUCGCGUUUGUUUUAUGUUUAUAUUUAUCUGGAGACUCGGACGCCAGGCGAGUAUUUGUGCAUGUGAGUGGAGGACAGGACGAGACGGACGACUCGCGAGGUGCUGAGCGUCUGGGAAGGACGAGAGGAAGCAGUGAUGUGUUUAUGUUCUGUUUCCCUGACACACACACACACACACACACACACACACACACACACACACACACACACACACACACACACACACACACACACACACACACACACACACACACACACACACACACACACACACACACACACACACACACACACACACACACACACACACCACAACAAUUCCUGUUUUUUUAAUGUGUACUCGUUUGGUUCGAGACUUCUGUGAGACGUGGGUUGCGUUUUCCGUGGCGCGGGAAGCCGAGAGCAGCGCGGUGUGUGGUGCCGCGUGUUGGCGUGUGUUUGUAUAACUUGUUUUGUUGCCAAAGAAUGCUGACAGUCUGUGAGGCCGGCGGGAGGGAGAGACGACCAACUAAUCUAUGAUCUCUUGGUUUGUCACUUUCUACGGUUUUGUAUUAUAGCGGCGAUGUGUUGUAUUUUGUAUUCCACUUUUUUGUAUGCGGUGUGAUAGUCUUUUCUUCUUAUUAUUAUUAUUGUUUUAUUUUAUUUUAUUUUUUUUUGUACUAUUAGGUUUUAUUACUGGUGUUUUAGUUAUCCGCUGGUGCGCUGAGGGAAGCACCGCCACUUUCUCCGCCUCCCGCUGGCCUCAAGUAUUAUCACUGCCAUAAUUUCCACCAUGCUCAACUCCUUAAGAUAUGUCAAGUGUUGCAGCAUGAUGACAUUCCACAAGUCCUAAAAGAAACAAGAAGAGAUGGAGGGAAAAACUCUUUUUAUUGAAGGCGUUGUUGUACCGUUACUACUACUACUGCCAUUAACCAUUUAGUGUCUGUCUGUCUGUGUGUGUGUACCGCCGCCCACAGGAGCCAUGCCAGGCUACACAAAAUGAUGCAGAUAAAAUUUAGUACCAGACAACUAUUUCCUUCUAUCACAAGUCCAGAUUCUUGCAGUUUUUGCUACAGAAAUUUGUGGAGCUUGUAGUAUAAAGCUAUUGAUUCAUUUAUGUAAUUUUUACUUGACUUGGACACAAAAUUCACUGACUUGUGUAUCUAUCUGUGUAUAUACCAGGCAGGCAAUCCCCCCCAGGUGACCCAGACAAAGCACCACACACACACAUUCACACUUUGAGCUCCGUCGGCCCUACUCAUUUCACAGGGACAAGAUUGACAGGAGUUUGUAUCAUAAUUUCUACUUCACAAAAUUCACAGUUCAUUACUUUUUAUAAUAAUUUCUAUCUGGUACAGCUCAGUUCAUUGAUGCAUAUAUCAAAUUCUUAUUCAUUUCACAAGAUCAACUGGAGUCUAUGUAACAAUUUCUAUCCGGUACAGCUCAGUUCAUUGACGCACAUAUCAAAUCCUUAUUCAUUUCACAAGAUCAACUGGAGUCUAUGUAAUAAUUUCUAUCUGGUACAGCUCAAUUCAUUAAUGUACAUCUUAAAUCUUCCUUCAUUUCACGAGAUCAGCUGGAGUCCGUGGCAUGACUGCUGGGAGCAAAGGUACAAUUACUAUAUCUAAUUUUCCUCUGUCCUCUCUGUAUACCUAAUGAUGACAGUACAAAGCGUUAUCAUUCAUGAAUCUUCCGUAUCCUGUACAGGCCAUGAAUGUGCGUUACCUUGUGUUGGCGGGAAGUGUACUAGGUGUAGCUACAGAGGGGGUGUACUUGGGUGUGUACAGUAUUGACAAGGAGUGGUCAGGAAGUUUGUGUAUCUGUGUAUUUCAUUGCUGGUUUGGGUUUUUAUCUUUUUCUUUCUUUAUUCAUUCUUUUAUUUUUAUUUUUAUUAUUAUUAUUAUUAUUAUUAUUAUUAUUAUUAUUAUUAUUAUUAUUAUUAUUUUAGUUAUUGCUGAUUGUUGACUUCUUUUCAUUUUUAUUUUUUAUUUAUUUAUUUUAUUUAUUUAUUUUUAUCUUUUAUUUAUUUUUUUUUCUUCCAUUUCCUUUCAGUUAUUCCAGUUGUCACAUUUCUGUUCAUUAAUGUUUUGGUUUUAUUUUUUAUUCAUUUUCUUUUAAUGGGUGUUUUGGUUAUUUUGUUUAUAAUGAAUGAAAUGUUUCAGAGAUUGUUCGCAUCAUUAAUAAUUGUAAUUUACUUUUGUUUUUAUGAAGCCUGUCACUUUCCAGUCACCAUUUUACAUCAGUAGUAGUUUGACAUUAUUAUUAUUAUUAUUAUUAUUUUAUUAUUAUUAUUAUUAUUAUUAUUAUUAUUAUUAUUAUUAUUAUCAUUAUCAUUAUCAUUAUUAUUAUUAUUAUUAUUAUUUUCUUAGAUCUGUUGUCGCCUUCAUGCACACUUGAAUGGUCAGUUACAGUUUGUUCUCGUGUUUUUUCGUUCUCACCCUGGAAUGUAUCAUACUUCAAUAUUCCAACACGUAGCAGCAGCAAACAGUGUAUUACAUUUUACGUUGCGUUUUACCGUCGGCAGCAAGUUGUCUCCGAACCUCGACUUCCGAUGUGAAACUUGUCUUGGAAAACCUUAACUUGAUGCCUCAAUUUCUGUCUGAGUGUGGUAUGGUUGCCUUGGAGUACUGAUGUCUUGUAAAGAGUGGGAGUGUUUUAGGUGAGCAUCAGUAUGAGAUGCCUACCUUCACCUGUCUUGUGCCCAGUUCUUGAUCUCUGCAGGUUAAUAUAAAGCAGUUCAUUAGUCAAUAUGUCAAUUUGUAUUCAAUUUAUAGGCAUGGAUUUGGUGUUUUAUACGGGAGCUUUUAAUGUAAAGCAUGUCAAUUUCUGUUCAGUUUAUAAGUAGGUUUGAUGUUGUCUUGCAGGAGCUCAUAAUAUAAAGCAUUUCUCUGGUCCAUAUAUGAAUUUCUGUUCAGUUUGUUGACAUGGGGUUUUUUGCAGGAGCUUGUAAUGUAAAGCUGUUCAUUUGUGUAUAAAUUUCUGUUCAAUCAAGACUUAAAAUUCGCAGGACCUUGGCAUCAGUACUUGAGGUGGCUGUACAAGUGUAAUUAUUAUGUUACAGUGUCAUGAUUUUGCUUUAUAGUCGGUUGAGUGGAUCCUUCCUCCCUCUCUCUCUCUCUCUUUUUCUCUCUUUUCAUUUGCUCAUUACACUACUGCCAGGAAGAGCUCCUUGGAACACUGCCAUUUUUUACGUCUCGUUGCCUCCCCUUCUACGACUCCAAUAUUCCCGGGAACAGGGUUUGAAGCUGAGAAUGUGUCAGUGUUAGUGUUGGUCUCCUUGCUGACUGCACUGGGUUAAGAAUUUGCCACAGUUAAUUUAUUUACAUCCCAGGGACAGACCUCCACCUCAGUGCUCAUUGUGUGUCUGUGUGUGUGUAUGCGCUUUGAAACAUCAUGCACGUUUUUCUGUGUGAAUCUGCAGUCGAUGUGUUUUGCUGCUUCAUCCAGUGUUAACGGACUAGUGGAAGUUACUGGGUUUUAAUCAAGAGUGUUUGUAUGAUUCCAGUGGUAGUUUAACAGUUAUUCUACAUCUGUAGGGAAAACACUCUUGGGAAUCUGACGUGUAAUAUUUGUGGCCUUUGAAAACACUUUCUGAGAGAAGAAAGUGUUUAAGAAUACAAACCCAUGGUCGUAAUGUUGAAGAAAAUACCACAGUCUGUCCCUCAAGAUGUGGAGAAAACCUGUGCACUGACUUGGUGCUCACUCCCUGACACAUUCUCACAUUUGUUUUGUAGUCUAGUCAUAUUAUUUAACAGUCAUCAUGGGCAGGAGACAAGGAGUUACCCACCUACGUGUGUGCGUAUCUGUUCUGUCGCGUGGUAUUUCGUGUCUCUUUCGUAAAAUCCCACACCAUUGACUUUUUGUAGUAUUUUUGUUUUCCUCCGUGGUGUAAUGUUUGCUUGAAUCCCCUCUACUACCCGUCUCUGGAUGUGUUGGUGUUUGGUACUGUUGUUUAUCCUCCGUUCGGUGUCCAACUGGCUAUUAUUAUUAUUAUUAUUAUUAUUAUUAUUAUUAUUAUUAUUAUUAUUAUUAUUAUUAUAUUUUCGUACGUACUUGGCGAUCCAUUAGCGUCAUUCGGAAUUCGUUAGUUUUCCGGCAAGCUGUCUGAUCUUUUUCGUUUUUCUCUUUGACUUACGCGGUGUGGAAGCCGCAGCACACAACAGGGCUUGUUAUUUUACACAGUUCAAAAGUUUAUGAAUGAAUGGUAGUAGUAUUGAUUGAAACUCUUCUUUCUUUUCCAACACCGAGAUUAGUUCGUCAGAUUCACUCGUUCGUCGUCGCCCACGUAAACAAACUGCGUGAGUCAUUUCUCUGUAUUGGGAAAUGGGAAACAACUGUCCUGAUUUUUUGUAUUAAAGAGAGAAAAGAUGAGGUGAGUUUUAAACCACACCUUAGACAUGGCAAGGGAGAGAAUGAAGUGAGAGACGAAAAAGUCAAGAAAUUUGAAAGGAAGUGACUGAGGCAGUUUGUUUACGAGUGACGGUGUUUGGGUAUGAAGUGAUCCUUGUGUUUUAGGAGAUACUACACUACCUUCGUAAGUGUGUGUGUCUUGAGGGUGUUGAGACACACACUACUUCACAACUAAAGCUUGUUCAGUUAUUGUUCAUGAGCAGUUUUUUGGAGAUUUAAUUAUCUACAAGUAGGGUUUAAAUAUUUAGUCAGCUGUAAUUAUACUAUGCUUAAGUGCUAAGGUUCAUAUUCAGGGAUUCUGUCCACUUGAUCAUAUGUGAGACACACACACACACACACACACACACACACACACACAAGGAAACAAAGGUAUAGGAAUGUAGUUUGAGUGACAGUAACAAGAUUUUUACAUUAUAAACAGGGGAAACACUCUUGAGAACCCAGCUAAUCAUCUCUUAUGACCUUUAAAUAGUCAUGGUGAAGUGAUAGGGAUUUUAAAGGGUGUUUUUAGCUCAGGCCAUGUUAACACACACACACACACACACACACACACACACAUCCUCACAGCAUGUCAUAAUAGUAGUGGUAAGGAGAGAAAAACAAAAAAAAGCAAAAAAAAAAAAAGAAGAGGCCCUGGUGUGAAUGUGUGAAUGUUACUACAGCGUGUCACUGAAGAAAUUCCCAGAGAAAAUUUGACGAAACUAGAGAAAUUAGAAGCAUUAUAUCAGUUUACCGACUCCCCACAGUAUUUCUGCCUGACCUUCCAUUUCCUCUUUACCUGGGACCAUAUUCUGAAACACCUCCACGCAGCACCUCCACUGCAUUCAAAAGGCUCUAGUUGAAAUGACACAGGUUUUUAAGGUUGUUUUAAUGGUUCUAGUGACAGAUUAACAAGAUUUCUACAUUAUUAACAGGAGAAACACUGGUGAACCUGGCUAAUCAUCUCUGUGGCAUUUGAAAACAGUCACGGGAAAUUGACGUGUUUUUUAAAUUAGUGUUUUUAUGGUUCUAGUGGCAGAUCAACAAAAUUUUCUACAUUUAUUAAUGGGGGAAACAGUAUUAAGAACCCAGCUAAUUAUCUCUGUGACCUUUGCAAAUAGUCGUGGUGAGAGAGCAGUGUUUCAGAUAUGGUUCCUUCUUUUUACAUCUGCCAGUUUGUCCUGACUUGUGUGUUAAGGUGUGUCCUGUGUCUUUCUGAGGGAUAGGUGCUUGUGGAAAUGUCUGUCUUCUUAAUGUUCUCUCCUGCGACUCUCCACCUCUUUCUCUUUGUAUAACUCCACUACAUUUACAUUUGUGGUAUAUGGCUGUUGAUGUCUAGUGCACUUAUAUCUUAUAUGUUAUUUUAUUACUUAGUUUUCCUAAACAUUACUUCUAUAUCAUCUGUUUCUUCUGCUCAGACAUCAUUCCAUUGUUUUUCCCCUUGCAUUUGAUUAAUACUCAACCUGUCUUUCUCUUUUCCCACAUUUAAUUGAUUAAUAUACAAAAACUCAUAUGCAACUGACAAAUACACUCUGCUCUAUAUUUAAUUAUCUUCCAGUUUUAAUACACAUACAUAAUACUCAACCUGUUUUUUUUUUUUUUUUUUUAUACUGUUGUCACAUAAUUGAUUCAUAUACAAACUCAUACACAACUGACAUAAGCAGUUAGAUGUUUGGUUUUGUCUUCUGUAUACUUAAUUGUCCUUCCAGUUCUAAUACAUAUGCAUAAUACUCAACCUGUCCUUUUUUGUUCUCUAUCUGCGUACAUGUUAUACUUUUAAACAUACACAACUGACAAAUACACUCAUCUUUUAUCCUAUCUUUUGUAUACUAAAUUAUCUUUAUGGUUCUAAUCCAUGUACUAAUACGAUAUACCAUCUCUCCUAUUCACAUACUGCUGAUAAAUAGUCUUUUCAAUAGCACCUGACAAAUACACAAAUUUUUAGUCUUACCCUUUCUGAACUAAAUGGUCUUUUCAUUUUUCAUACAUAUACUUGAAAUAUACACCACCACAUAUUCUAUUCCCAAUCUUUUCAGUAAUAUCCAUACACUUAAACAAAUACACUCAAACAUACUUUUAAUACAAAUACACUCAAACAUACUUUUAAUAACUUCUCACUUUACUCAGCAGUACACCUUUCCCCACCCUUGUUCUAUACAGUUGACAAAUGCACAGCCUCUUCUGUUAUUCAUUCCACAUGUUGCUCAUUGAAAAUAUUCCUAAUUGACAAAUAUACCAUUCCUUUCAUUCUAAUUCAGCAGUUAACCAUAUUGUCUCUAUUCUGUUCAUCUCUCACAGUUAACCAUACAGUCUCUAUUCUAUUCCUUCCAGUCUAUCCAUACACUCUUUAUCCCACUCUCCAUCACACUUAUACAGUUGAGCAAUCCACUUUGCUUCUAACAAGUCCAAACCAACUCAGGGUCCCUCCACAACGCCCUGUCCAUACCCCCCCACCCCCAACCCCAACACUGUCCUAUUGUCGUGCUCCACCAAGUGUUUCCUUAAUGAAAGACUUCAAAGACCUGUAACUGGCGAGCGAGUAUGUAUGUAGGGUAAAGCAAGCAGGCAGGUUCUCAAAAAAAAAAAAAAAAAAAGGUUACUACUACACUACAUUUGCAUUCCAAAGAGUUUUUUUUUUUUUUUUUUUUUUUUUCAUUCACCCUUUACUACUAUGUGUGUGUGUGUGUGUGUAUUCUGUCAUUUGUUGAAAAAAAAAAAACACACAAACGCAUACACACUGUUCAGUUAUGUUUUGUACGUAGGUGAUUUAGGCCAAAAAAAAAAAAAAAAGAAAGAAUUGUGAAAGAUGAAAUUUGCAAGGAAUGUUGUUUUUAGAAGGGUGAAAUGUAUGGAAGAGUCUGGAGGUUGUGAAAUGCAUCAAAAAAGUCUGGGAAGUAUGAAUUGCAUGAAAGUUGUGAAAUGCUGAAAGGGUGUCAGGAAAACUGUAAAAUGCUAGAAGGAUGUCUGGAAGGCUGUGAAAUGUGUGGAAAAGAUUAUGGAAGGUUGUAAAAUGCUGGAAUGUUAAAUGGUGAAAAAAACAAAAGGCCUGAAAGCUGUGAAAUGCAAGAAAGAAGUAUUACCUGCCAGAAUUGCCCGUGAAUUAAGGUAUUCUGUCAGCCUGCUGUGAAACCCAAGACAGAACAGUUAGUGAAGGACAGAGGAGGAAUAGAAAUAAUACUGUCAUAGGGUGCACCUGUUGUUUUGCGUUGAGAGGGAAGAGGAAAGUGAGGCCUGCCUUAGUGAAGUGUUGGCAUGAAUGGAGUGAGGCGUUGUGUCAGUAUUGAGUGACUUUAUUUUUUAUUUUUUAUUUAUUUUAUUUACAAAGACGAACAAGUGCUUGGGAGGAAAAGAAAGUGGUAGAGGAAAUUUGAGCUGAAAUGUAAUUUUAUUUUGUACUAAACUUCUUUUUUAAUAAUUAGAUGUUAUUAUUAUUACUAUUAUUAUUAUUAUUAUUAUUAUUAUUAUUAUUAUUAUUAUUAUUACUAUUAUUACUAUUAUUAUUAUUACUAUUAUGAUAUAUUUUUGGGGAUUUAUCUCACUUGGAAACGGAAUCUCUCUCUCUCUCUCUCUCUCUCUCUCUCUCUCUCUCUCUCUCUCUCUCUCUCUCUCUCUCUCUCUCUCUCUCUCUCUCUCUCUCUCUGUCUGUUUAUCUAUCUACGUUUGUAUGUAUGUCACGCUUCCUGAAGACUUCAUUCUAUCGUUUUUUUUUUUUUUUUUAAUCCAUAUUUAAUGUUUAUUUUAUUAUUAUUAUUGUUAUUAUUAUUAUUAUUAUUAUUAUUAUUAUUAUUAUUAUUAUUAUUAUUAUUAUUAUUUAUUUAUUUAUUUAUUUAUUUAUACAUUUUUUACAUGAAUCGUUUACAAAUUACUACCGUUUCAACUCAAAUUUCCCUGUCAAACGUUUUUAUUAUUUUGUUCUCCCUCGGAAACGUUUUAGCGUGUCGCCGCCACGUGGUGUCCUUGCAAGUGUAAACAUUUCACACAGGAGAGGAGAGCAGCAGAGGGAGGCAUCGUGUUAUGUAUGUAUGUAUGUAUUUAUAUAUGUAUGUGUAGGUGACGCGCGCCUAUACACUGGUGAUUCUUUUUAUUAUUAUUAUUAUUAUUAUUAUUAUUAUUAUUAUUUGUGUACGUAUUUGUCCCCAUAGUACAAAAACCGCUUCCUGUGCUAAAUGGGAACACUGACUGACAGUUUUUCUUUAGAUCUGUUACAGAGAGACAAAGGAAAAAAUAAUGUUAAAUUCAGAGACAUAUUUUUCAAGUUUUAAACAGAAAUGAAGCCAAUUGUUAUUUCUCAAUUUUUAUGUCCAAGACAAACACAAAAUUGGGUUCCAUGUAGUCCAGCAUAAAUAAAUAAAUAUUAAAAAAAAACUGAAA